CGGUCUGGUUCUGUAAAACAAAAUGCAUCGGAUGAUCGCUGGAUAUUGUUCGGUUUGAACGAGUGGGAAAACAACGGGAUUCCAGCUCGCCGCUGAUUAAAGGUCCUCAAGAGAAGACAAAUUUCGAGUGAUUUAUUUUUUGAAAACGUGGGAGUAUAUGAUGUCUGCAGCAAAAGAAAACCCUUGCAGAAAAUUUCAGGCGAACUUCUUCAACAAAAGCAAAUGUCAGAAUUGCUUCAAACCUCGAGAGCUACAUCUGCUGACCGACCAGGAUUUAACACAGGCCAAGCCUAUUUAUGCUGGAUGGCUGUGCUUGGCCCCUGAGGGAACUGACUUUGACAAUCCAAUGCAGAGAUCCCGGAAAUGGCAGCGGCGAUUCUUUGUGCUGUAUGAACAUGGCUGUCUGCGCUUUGCCCUCGACGAGUCGCCGAGCACGCUGCCUCAGGGUACUGUCAACAUGAAUGUCUGCACAGAUGUCAUCGAUGCAGAGCCCAAAACAGGCCAGAAGAACUCGCUGUGCAUCAUCACCCCUGAACAAGAGUACUUUAUCAGAGGAGAGAAUAAAGAAAUCAUUAAUGGGUGGAGUGAACAGUUGAUUGUUUAUCCUCGAACUAACAAACAAAACCAGAAGAAGAAGCGAAAAGUAGAGCCUGCAACCUCCCAGGAGCCAGGUCCAGCCAAGGUAGCAGUGACCGGCUCUGGUAUACCAGAACCAGAUAAAAGUCCAGAUUCAAGUUCCAUCAUUUGGCAGGAGGAGCUAAACCAGAGAGAGGCUGAGAGUGCAACUGUGUGGACUGCUGUUGAUCAGUCUCUUGUAUCACCACCGCCCCCUGCAGGUGAAUAUGCAUCUGUAGGACAGGGCUCUGAUGCAGGGUCGGUGAACGGGGAUGAUGUUAAUCGCGGCAGCCUGAUGCUGCACAGUUCCGUUCCCCAGCCCGCCACCGACCCGCUCUCCCCGACGGGCUCUUGCUCCAGUUUGGGAGGAGUCCCGCGCUGCCUGUCUCCGGUGCCCAGUGACCCAUUCCCCUCUGGCAGUUCCCUUCUCUCAAACGGCUCCCACAUAAGCGGCUCGGUCAGCUCUCUGGACUCAGAUGCCAGCGGCAGCACGGCCACCAGCACCGACAGCCACCCGAUUAGUCACAGGGGCGGCCAUCAUGAUGUGUCGCGCUCCCGCCGCAUGGAGGCUGAGGCCAGAAAGGCUGAGAAAAAGAGUCUGUUCAGGAGUCCUGAGAGGCCUGAGAGAGAGGCCAUCCUCAGUCCCGAGAGAAGUCGCUCCGGUGUUAUUGAGAAGUUGGAGGCCUUGGAGCUGGAGAAUCCAGAGAAAAUGGAAGUGGAGGUGACACGGAGUAGUGGAGUCCGACAGGGUCGCAGUGAACAGAGGCGACGAUAUAGAGAGGAGCAGAGACAAGACAACGAUGAAGGUCUGGACUUCCCCUCCACCCUGCCUCCUCUGAGAAGAGCCAAGUCUUUGGACCGAAGGACCACAGAGUCUGUCAUGACACCGGACUUGCUGAACUUUAAGAAAGGAUGGAUGGUGAAGCUGGACGAACAAGGCCAGUGGAAGAAGUACUGGUUCGUGUUGACGGAUCACAGCCUGAGAUACUACAAGGAUUCAAUCGCUGAGGAGGCCUCUGACCUGGACGGUGAGAUUGACCUGUCCACCUGUUACAGUGUAACAGAGUACCAGGCUCAGCGCAACUACGGUUUUCAAAUUCAUACGCAGGAAGGUGUUUACACUCUGUCAGCCAUGACAGCCGGCAUACGCAGAAACUGGAUCCAAGCAGUGAUGAAGAACGUUCGGCCGUCCACCGCCCCUGACGUGGCCAGCUCAACUGAAGAUUAUGGUUCCUUCUCUCCUUUGGAUAGUUUGGUUAGACCAGACAUCACUCAAGACUCCCCCUCCUCUGAGACCUCGUCUGUGGAGAGGGAGUCGGCUCMAGGUGCGAUGAGAAGCAGGGCGCGGGAGCGAAGACGAGAGGGUCGCUCCAAGACCUUCGACUGGGCAGAGUUCAGGCCGAUCGCCCAGGCUCUGGCUCAGCAGCGAGCGCAGGAGGCAGAAAGCCUGCAGACGGGCAGGGAUGAGCUUGACUGCAGUCGAAGAAGAGAGGAGAGGAGGAAGAGGUACGAGAGUGUGACCAGUUCAGAGCACACGUCUGUUACAGAUGGAGGGAGGACAGACUUUGAGAGGGAAGAGGGAACUGUACAAACGGACUCAGUUAGCCCCGCCGCCUUGGAAAGGCAGCAGAGGAUGGAGGAAGUGAUUGAAGAACACUGGCGACAGGUGGAGAAGACCCCCAUCAGGGAGGAGAGGAGGGUACCUCUGCCCAGUACAGACCAGACUAAGGAGAGUGUUGAGCUGGAGCAGCUUCUGGAGAGCUACAAGCAGGGGAUCGAGGACCUGAGGGCUCAGCUAGCGAGCUGCCACCAGCAGCUGCUUAACUCAAACACACACAAGCAGGAACUGGAGCUCCAGCUGAGGAUGGCUCUGGAGCGGGAGCAGGAUGUCCGGACCGGUUACAUCUCUCCGCUGGAGCAUCCUUUGGGUCUGGAGGCUGAUGUGACGCCCCAGAUGAAGAGGUCCGAACCGGUUAGUUCUCAAGCACAGAGUUUAACAAAGAAAUACCAGGAGACCAAAGAGCUUCUGAAGCUUCAAGAGCUGAAAAAACGCAAUAUGCAGGCACAGCUUGGCCUCUCGCUUUCUCACCUUCCCAUCAAGGAGCCUAACAUUUCUGAACCCCAAAACACAUCCACGCUAGAAGGCCCUGCUCCUGAACUAGUCCAAAAAAGUGUUACCUUCUUGCUUCAGGACAGCUCAGAUGCAAUCCAAGAGCUAGAAGAUCUGAUAAGUGACAAACCUCUGACUCUGAUUGAACUUGGCAACGUGCUGAAACUCCAUAGUUGUAAUCAGAAUCCCACAGGGAAACAUGAACUUCAGAAGCUUCUGGAAACCUGGAAGUGCAUGCAGGAGAUAGAAAACGAAGCCCUUAAAAAGAGUCUAGCCAGGGCAGGAGAAAGCAUACGAGAAUAUGAAGCCCGUCUUCUGACUAUGGAAGAUUUGAUGGGCAAAGUUCAGAAACAAAGCUCUGAAAACCUGAGCAGCCCCUACGGUCCCCUGUSCACAAUUGAAAAGCAUUCAGAGUCGAAUGACGUGACUGUUGGAUUUCUCUCUCAAAAGGUCAAGCUUUUAACAGGUGAAAACAGCGCAUUGAAACAACGAUGUCAGGAGAUAGUGAAUCAGCUGACCGAGGCCGACAGAGAAAUCGACCGUCUGAAAGCUGAACUCAUCAGCCAGCACGGUGGGAAACAGCACCAUCUUGUGGUGGAGGAGCUGAAAAGACUAAAGGCUGAACUGGCUGAAAAUCAAGCUAAUGCCAUAGACCGGGAGUAUUAUGAAAGAGAACUAAAUGAAAAGUCUUCAAGGCUCCAUGAAGCCUUGGUUACCUUGGAGGAACUUGGCAGCACCCUGAAAGACACWGAGAAGAAGCUGCAACUGAAAGAGGCGACGCUAAGAGGUCUGGGCUUCCAGGGAGAAUACGAGGACGAGGAAUUACAUCUGGAAAAGGAACACCUCAGAGAUCUCCUUGAAACCUCAAAAGCAAAGAUUUCGGAAAYGGAUGCCAGACUUGAGUCAGCAGAGCAGCGCUGUGUGGAACUAGAGGCUAGAAACAACAAACUACUCAUCMUACAUCAGGAAAUUGAGAAAGUUGGCAGAGAGAAGCUGGAAGAGGCAGAAAAUGAAGUCAGAAGGCUACAAGAGAUACUAGAAAAGAAUAAAGUUCAAGACAAACAGAAUGAUAKUGAGAGUAAAGAGGUAGAAGAGAAGCAGGUAGAUGGUAAAGCAGAUUUUAAGCAAGUGGUAGAUGAAUUUGAGAUGAGGUCGGAGACGUUGGAUAAAGUUAUAGAAAUAUUAUUAAAGGUAGACGUCAGUGUAGAGAGAAUGCUUGGCAAUUUGAAAAGCACUUUUUUUGUCUCCUCAAAAGAAGAGCCAGUUUGCGUGAGAGGAAAAGAGAUGAGAUCAGUGUUGGAGUGGGAAUUCUGGAGCCAGCUGUUGAGCAUUACCGAAUUAAAAUCUGAUGAAAGCCGACAGAUCAGUGAACUGAGUUUGGUGGAGCUUAUAACGUCACAGAAGAGCCUGUUGCUCUUGAAUAAGAUGGUCUGUUCGCAGGGAGAAGCUAAGAGUGAGGCAGUGGUCGAUUUUACAACGAUGUACAGCUGGCUCGAUGAUGACACACACGCUUUGAUUCUUCAGCGGUUAACAGAAACAUUAAAGGCAAAGUCUCAUGAUCUGAAGCAGAUUGCCAACAGUCUGAAAAUGAGCAAAAAUGAUCAACUCCUGUCUUUGGCUGAAGCAAGCUUUGGUCCUGGGCGAGAGCAUAAAGAGUCAUUAGAAUAUUUUCUUGAUUCUAUCAAGGAAACGUGCAUGUUAUAUGAAAUUAUCAGGCUGGAAGUCCAGCAUGAAAAAGCGCAGAAGCAGAAUCCGUCACAAAAACAGUUAGGGAGCUUAAAUUGUCCAAAUUGCUCCAGCUUGAAAGGAGUUGCAGAUGAGCUCCAGUCAAAACAGAGAGAUGUACAGAAUCAACUAUCUGAGGCUUCUCUGAAAACUGCUGCAGGGUCCUCAGCUUUGAUUCAAGCAGAGCCAGUAGACUCAGUGGAUCAAACCACUGAACUUCACGACAUGAUGGUCAGGCACAGAAAGGAGUUAAACGACGUUCAAGACUGCUACAAGCAAGAAGUCGAAAAGUUGAGGCUGGAAAUCACAAAAGCCAAUGAGACACUUCACCUUCUCUCAGAAGAAAACAUCAAAGAGAUUGACUCACUGACAAACUGCAUGGAGAACCUAAAAACAAAGCACGAGAGUGAAAAAAGAAGCCUCAUGGAGAGAUUUGAUUGUGAGAUGGAUGAGUUGAGGAGAAUGAUGAGUCCGGCUAACUCGGAGAGGAACGGAACAAACGAGCCUCCAGCGUCGGAUCAUCCCUCAGCCCAAACGCCGACCCUGAGGGAGCGCAUCCAGGAGCUGAUGAGCCAAGUSUCAGUCAUGACUGAAGAGAUGAGGCGACGUGAAGAGCAGGGUGACAUAAACACUCUGCGGCUGAAAUACGAGAGAGACCUGGAGAACCUUAAGGCCACCUGUGAGAGGGGUUUUGCUGCUAUGGAGGAGUCCCAUCAGAAGGUGAUCGAAGAGCUCCAGAAGAAACACCAGAGGGAGCUGGAGAACCUGCAGGAGGAGAAGGAGAGGCUGCUGGCGGAGGAAACAGCAGCUACGAUCGCAGCUAUUGAAGCGAUGAAAAACGCCCACCGGUCGGAGCUGGAGAAGGAGUUGGAGAAGGCUCGUAAGGCCAGCAGCAACACAGAGAAUGGAGAUAUUGAGGAGAUCCGCAGACAGCAUGAGGAGGAGGUGUGUUCCUUCCAGCGAGAGAUCGAGGUGCUGUCGGAGCAGUAUUCCCAGAAGUGCCUGGAAAACGCCCACCUGGCCCAGGCGCUGGAGGCCGAGAGGCAGGCCCUCAGGCAGUGUCAGCGAGAGAACCAGGAGCUCAAUGCACACAACCAGAAGCUGAACAACCGUCUGGCAGCAGAAAUCACCAAGAUGCGCUCCAUGGCGUCUGAGGACGGGGUGGGAGACACAAACACUGUGAUACAGGGAAAAGAGCUGUAUGAGUUAGAGGUGAUGCUGAGGGUGAAAGAGUCUGAGGUCCAAUACCUGAAGCAGGAAAUCAACUCCCUGAAAGAGGAGCUCCAGGCGGCUCAGAGAGACAAGAAGUACGCAACAGAUAAGUACAAAGACAUCUACACAGAGCUGAGUAUUGUCAAGGCCAAGGCAGAGCGGGAUCUUGGCCGGCUCAGAGAGCAGCUGCAGCUGGCUCAGGAGGCGCUGGGAGAGCCGUCCCUGGAGGACGUGGAGCGAGGAGGAUACGAUAUAAUGAAGUCUAAAAGCAACCCGGACAUCCUGAAGAUGGCCGCCGCAGCAGCCAAACGUUCAGAGCGCACAAUGAGAUCAAAGAGUCUGAAGGAGGGGCUGACGGCCGAGCAGAGGCUCCACCUGUUUGACAACAAGGACACAAAGGAGUUCUGAUGCAUCAUGUCGGCCCACCGUGCUGCAUGCUUACAAGCCCACUAUAUUUGAGCUCUGUAAUGACUUAUUUAGUAACACUACACACUGGUCACCACAGAUCAUAUAUUAUUAAAAAAAAACACGGUAUGAAGUUUGAGUUACAUGGUUAGAAUUUGCAUUCCAUGCACUUCAGUUAGCUGUGACUUUUUUGUAUUUUUUUUCUUAUUGUAAAUAUUGUUUUUUAAAUGAGCAUCUGCCAUGCAUUUACUAAAACUAUGACUGUGUAAGCUACUGUUUUACUCUCUAGACUGUUGCUAGCCAAAGACAUGAUGUUGAUCGGCUUAACACAAGUACAAAAUAAGAAGUAACUGUUGCUUAACUAAACCAUAGGAACUAGUGUGUUCAGUUUGCACGUUUAACGCUCCACCACUUCAUCGUCUGCAUUCAUAACUCUUCCUUAGCAUGACAACCAGGCUAACAAAAACUCCAGCUGGACUCUCACUAAAGCCGGAUCCUCUUGGAGAAGAAGACCGCUCUACUCGUUAAUAAUAGUUUUGUUUUUUUGUCUUCACUGCAACCGUUGGAGUUGCUAACGUUGGUUUCUGUUUGUAGUCUUGUUCAGUGGCAGUUCCUUUGUAUUUAUUAAACCGAUUGGGAUUUUUUUUCUCCCCCUUAACAUUCCCAUUCCUUUGUACUCUGUAUGAUUGUAAAUAUAAAGCAAAUAUACACCUACAGGUUUAUCAGCAAUAAAUAUUUUUGCACCCUUUA